CAAAUUCUUUUUAUGGCUUAUGAUGUUUACAGUAGUGAUAGUCAGAAUUUGUGGUGUAAUUGUUUUACCGCCACCAUAAGCUAGUACGAUUUAAUAAAAUAUACCAAUACUAUUUUCACUAACACCAUUGACACGACGUUGAUUUUCUUUCUACUAGCGGUAGCUCUAUUCCUUUGCUAUUUAUUAUUACUGCAAUUCCUUGGUAAGGUUGAGCAUCGAAGAGCUAAACGUUAUUAACCUCUAAAAAUACAUUCGGCGUUCAUUUCAGGGCGUGAAUUGCUUUGCUUUUACUAAGUGGGCCCAGCUGAAACCAAAUAAAAAGAACAGCAACCAUUAUCAUCUCAGUUCAAUCAACUGCAAUCAUCAGUUUUCAAAUUUUUGAGCCAAAAUUGAUAAAAACUGAAGAUGGAAAUCGGGACGCACUGCAAUUUGUCAGAGUGUCAUGCUCUGGACUUUCUGCCGAUCAAGUGUGACGCGUGUUCUGGAGUGUUUUGCGAGCGACACAUGCAGUAUGAGAAUCACAGGUGUCCAGUAGCACCGCACGAGAGAAGGGGUAGACAAGUUCCAGUCUGUCCUCUGUGUAAUUGUCCAGUGCCUCUGGCUUCGUCUGAUGAGUCUGUGGAUUUGGUGGUGGGUCGACAUAUUGACAACGACUGUCGCUCCCAGCCUGCGCUAGACAAGCGAAGUCAGGUGGCACGCUGUGUGGCGAAAGGGUGUCGCAAAAGAGAUUUGACCUCGAUCAAGUGUGGUCAGUGUGACAUGACAGUUUGUAUCAGGCACAGACUGCCAGAGGAUCACGACUGCUCGCAACACAAAAGAGAGCAGAGGAUACCCUCGAAUAUUAGACAGCAGCAGCUACAAUCACACACUCCCAGCUGGCUUCAUUCGGGUUUCAACUCUAUCUCAAACGCGCUCUCAUACUCCUCACAUCAAGGGACAACUAACACAUCUCGCACGGUAUCUAACAGACCAUCUUCGGCUAGAAGUGCAAACAGUGACAGAAACUCACAGAGACCUCUGACAUCUCAUCGGGACGUCUCGGUUGGCAACGCGGGCAUGUCUGAAAGCGAAGCCUUGCAGGCCGCCCUGGCUAUGUCAGCCGCCAGUGCUUCCGAGACACCGUCAGGGGAAGAGGGAAUCAACGGUCAAACUGACAACGCCACUCAGGAGGAACUAGACAGACAGUUAGCCCUGAUGAUCCAACAGGAGCAGAUGGAAAUUGGCGCCAGUGAAACCAACAGACCUCGCAUCACUGCAAACUCACCCGCCAAUAAUCAUAGUAGUCACAACAACUGUUCUCUGAUGUAGUCAGAAACUAAUUUGCAUUCUACGUUAAAAUUAAUUUGAGUUUGUCCGACCAUGAAAAUGACUCAUUUUCACCAGUAGUUUAGUUCUAUUAUGACUUCAAUCAAAUAAAAUUUGAAUUUAUUUGUAGUAACCUUUUUUCUUCCUGUGUACCAAC